AUGGCUUGGAGAGCACAUUGGAUUAUGUUUAGCAGUCUAUUUUUCAUUACUGGCUGUUUUUCAAGUGUGUUAUUAUUGAAAGCAAUUCAACGUUCACCAGAGUUGACGCGGAGUUAUCGUCUAUCUGUAUUCGCAAUGGUGAUAAUAUUAUGUGUAUCACGUACGGUGUAUCUUUUGCUCAACCCUUACGAAGUCGGGAAAGCUUUGCUCAACGAUACUCCCGUGAUUAUAUUACGUUUACUCUACGCUCUUGGUCAGCCUUCGCUAACUGCUGGAUUUGGUCUCAUCCAUGCUUCGUUUCUUAAAGUUGCCAAGGCGAGAAACUAUGAACACGAGCCCUUGUUAAAGACCCGUACAAUUCUCAUCAUAGUUGGACUGUAUUUUACAUUUGGAGUUAUAAGUGAAGUUAUUACCCUAGUUCUGCGUAGUAUGAGGACUAUGUUGGCGGUAUCAGCGAGCGUUGCUGUUGUCGGCUGUGUAAUUGUGACAGUUACUGUUGCCUAUAGUGGAUUACGGAUUCUAAGAAAAGCGACAGAAAAUAAACGUGUGUUAAGCUUGUCAGGGAAUUCUCUAUCAGGUUGGUGGGGAAUGUUUACGAAAUUUUUCGUUAAUUCUCGAAUGCUAUCACAAUGGGUGGCAGGGUGGGAUCACAUGAUUAAGCCCCCGCGUGGCUUUCUCGAUGCUAACCUGCUCUUCUUCGAGGACCAGUAAAGCUGAGUUUACACACAGCGAUCAGUCAGGCCGAUUUCAAGUUUUGCCGAAUUUUAAUGACGAAUGUUGACUAUCACUUGACGAUGUCUUCAGAUGAUAUUAACAGCUAAUUUUUCAAAUAUCGUUUAGUUAUGUACUUUAAGGACCGCGGCUCAAAUUGUUGCAGGUUUAACUCAUAGUUUGAAAUUUCGACUGUAAAAUAAUAAAAUUUCCGCGAAAUCUCCAUCCACAUGCAAGAACAUUUCUGUGGAGUGAGCUGCCUAAAAUCUCGUGAUAUUCGAUAUUGUGCUUUCCUGUGUCUGAGAACAUGAACAAUUAAAACCAAAUGAAGCGAUACUUCAGAGCGACUUAAACAGACCUUUAAUUAAACACACCGCCAAUGAUCAACCCUCAAGUCCUUAAUUCCCUUAAUGCAUUAUAUAGAACACUUUGUCGGCAGGUAUACUGAAGACUAAUUUGCCGUUAACGGACAUAAAUAAUUAACCUAAUUACUUCUUCACUCACUCAUUGCCUUUAGCUUUGCCGCCGUUACAGUUAAUAGUUAUAUACUAAUUGCGUGAGAGCAGAUUGCACGAGAUAAUUACAUUGAAACGAGAUUUACAGCUCUUAAUGUUUGGGAAGAAAUUUGAAAACAAUAACCGUUGGACGGUAGUUUUAUCGUAGGAGGGCCAUGCAGUGAGGAUAAUCUCUUAUUGAUCCAGUGUUACUACAGGAGGAAACCUAAACUAAACUAACUUUAUUUAUAUUGGAUAGCUCUAUCGAAGCACGCUUUGAGAAGCAGCGCUCAAAAAGAAUCAAAAUUUACCGUAAAUACUCCAAUUGAUAAAAAGAACAUGAAUGCCUCUAAAGUUAAUGAAACACCAAGCAGAUUGCCAGGAAAAAACGGAGUUCUAAACUGUUCUUCCUAGAGGUCCAGUAAGGAUCAUCUCUUUUUGAUCCAGUGUUACUACAGGAGGAAACUUGAACUAUUUUUCAGGAUAGACUGUUUUCCCCCUAUACCAAUGUAGUUCGCCUAGCAUGCCCGUUCGCAAGUUAAGAUUUCCUAUACUGGAAAUCCAGUGUGGAAGAGGAAAGCCAAUUAAACACUGAAUAAGUUUAUCAGUUCUGAACUGUUCUCCUUGAAAGUCUGUCAAGUGCAAUCCCUAUAGGCUAUAAUUUUUGUAGUUUUACUACCGCAGAAAACAAGGGCGCCACUUUAUACAUAUACAACAAGCAAACUGAUUCGUAGUUCAUCUUUAUUCCAGCUUCAAGAGAACAACUACAAAAAGCGAAAUCGAUCGCAAAAGUUGCAAGAGUCACUCUGGCUGCGUCGACAUUUUGUAUUGGCCUAACCAUAGCGAACAGUAUUGCAUUUGUGAAAAUGUUUAAUUCAAUGAGUAGCGUCACUCACUGGAAUAACGACUGGCAGUUUAUUUCAUUUGUAACCUGUGUUCGUCUACUUGAAAUUGCAAUGGCAGUGACAUUGAUCUAUGCGUUGUCUCAUACAAAUAUGAAAUUAAGGAGGGUUUUAGGUCUUUAUCGCUUUACAAGAAAAUUGCAGAUGGCGGAUCCACGGCCGAUGAAGAGUGUGGAUACCGGAUACGCGGAUACAUGGAAGUCGACGUCUUCAUACGCCAGUACUGGAAGUACGAGACAGUUUAUAGAGUAG